AUGAUAGACCGUGUAUUGGGCAACAAUAUCAUGGGAGACAUCCUUAUGGGCGUGCAUCGUUACGUUACAAAGCAGCCCAUAGAUAUGCUCUGGCCGGAAAUGGACGCGGACCGCGUUGAGGCUUUCCACAAGGACGUCGCCAGUGGCAGAUACAACAUCAAUCCUCAGCAAGUGUUGUCGGUCACGUCGAUAGCCGCGGUCAAGGGGCAAGACAAGCCAGACUACAUCUUCCAUUCCUGCGGCAUGGAUGAUGCAAAGCCAAAGUCAGCUAAUCAGACUGGUUUUGGUUACGGUGGCAAGUCCGUCCCAUGCCUGGUAUCUCCAGGACGACUUUGUGUGGGUUAUCCUGGGAAUAAUGUGCCCAAUGGUACAGGCGUGGCUGCCGAUGCAGAAGAACUGAGAGCUUUUACGGUCGAGGGUAACGUUGGAGGGGAUACUGGUCGCAGGCGGAACCUGGUCACUGCAAAUCCAUAUGGCUUCUUUAAGCCCGGGCGUGGCAGCAAGGUUGGGUUUACUGCUAGACGAGACGCCCAACCCGACGGAAUGCGUAAGAUGACUCGCUAG